GUCAGGCAGUGCGUAGGUCGUUUCGCAGCAAGGCACUUAGAUGAGGGUGUACGUACGGUAAAACCCAUCAGAACGGGGGAUUUUCAGCUUCCCAGAAUACGUACACCCUCACGCUCCCCUCCACACAAGCUAGCGUAGGCCACGUGCUACCAGGCCGGUCCCUAAAAGCGUUAUCUUCUCCACCACCAUGUCGAACGGACCCGCAGCCGGGUAUAACCUUGACACACUGCCGGAAAUCGAAGCGGCCGUCAGCUUUCUUUCAGGUCUUCUGAAGAUUCGACUAAGCGAACACCUGGUGCAAGUUUUUGCUGCCGCCUUACGUUCUACACUCAUAGAUCACUACCAGCACCACUGGUUUCCUGACAAGCCUGCCAAGGGGUCCGGUUACCGUUGCAUCAGAAUAAACCAUAAGAUGGAUCCUGUUAUCAGCAAAGUUGCCAGUCGAAUCAACAUAACCGGUCAACAGCUGCUUGGUCUCCUUCCUAAAGAGCUCACUCUAUGGGUUGACCCCUACGAGGUUUCAUACCGCAUUGGUGAAGAUGGUUCUAUAUGUGUCCUCUAUGAGGCCCCAGUUCCUACUCCUCGGGGCCCCUUAAACUGCAAGAGGGAGCUGCUGAGCAGUUCCAGUUCUUCUAACCAAUACCUGAUGACCGUGGGAAGUUAAACAUGGGGACUUCCCAUCUGCUGCUUGUGUAUGUGUAAAUACCUCGCUCUGGGAGCCAUGUUUUGUAAUGAAGACCUAUUUAUAUUUUUAAAGAUUUUUUUUUUGAGAUAUAAAGUUUUUAAUUGACUUUUUGAUGCCUAGAGGGUUUUUCUUAAAUUCUCUUUUUGAGAAACACUAAUGAUGCACUAGUACAGCCCCUGGCAGUAUCUGCAAUAACUUAAUGAAAUGCAGUUGUAUUCAAUACACAUGGGUACUAUAGAGGAUGUGAUUAAUUGGAAAGUAUUGCUAAUUUUUGGGAGUUAUAAACAUUCCUGAUUUGUCAGUUGAGGGGGGGCAGGGUAAUAUGGUAUAACUGAACUGCACUUAGCCACUCUAGUUGUAAACCAUAGUACAACUUGGUGUCUCCUGAAAUUCGUAAUCAUGCUUGAUCCACACCAUCAACAGCAUGCUUUAAUGCUUUAGUGAUACUGCAGUUGUAAACAUGAAGAAAUGUCAUUUCGCAGUACUAAUAUUAGAUGACUCCAAUCCAUGCUGAACCAGCUUGACUGCACUUUUUUAGUGUAAUCAAAUAGAGUUGUGCUUAAUCCCGUUUAAAUUCCUGUAUGAGACAUAGGAUGUUGCAGUGCAACACAGACCUCUGUGGAUCAGAGUAUUCUAAUCUGACACUUUUUUUAAUGGGAUAUAAACACUUUAGGAUGUCAGAUAUUUGUACCUCCAUAUGUUUCAGUUUUCUACAAGCUAACAUUUGUGAUGCGUUUGAUACGAUUCGCUGUUGGCUGCAGCUCAGUGUCCUCCAUGUCCAAUGAUGAAAAGCAGUCCUUUUCCAAAGCUAGCUCAACUCUGUACUGAGAUCUCGUGAAAUUAAUCUUGGAUAAAUUGAGAUUGUCUAAAAUAAAAGCAUAAUUGCUUCUAGUUCCCCUAUGAUCCUUUGUUAGUUAAUAUAUUCACAUGUCCUCUUUUUUCGCCAUGUAGACAGUUGCUUGCGAUUUCCCUCAAAACUGCAAACCAACACUUCCUGGGGGUAUGUGAGCAUUUUUAUUUUUGGAUGGAAGCUGCAUAUGUACUACUAGGUUGUUUACCUCCUUGUAUUCCCACUUGAAUGUUUAUUCCUUUUGGCAUUAACAAUGGCGAUGGCUCUGGUUGGAAUAAAAAGGAAAAGAACAUACUCCUAUAUAAAGUAAAAAAAAAAUAAUUGGUUCCAUAUCACACUUACAAUGGGGAGAUGACAGUAAAAACUCACACGAUAACUGGCAAGUUGCAAUUUAUAAAGAUUAACAGACAUAGUACAGGGUCUUGCAAGCUUAUGGCACGUUAGAUCUUGCAGUUACUCUUUAGAGUAACGAGUGCACUUAUUAAAAUGAUAGCUUUGUUUCAUCAUGGGGAAAAUGUUUUGCACAGUUGUAACUUCUACUCUAGUUCCUAAUACUGCCUCAAAAUAUGUACCAAGUUCAUGGUGAGACUUUCCAUGAAGAUAUCUGUCUACUGUUGAACAUAAAUGUAUUUAAUCUUCCAGUGCCUUCCUAGUAUGUGUAAUGUGAACUAUGCUGCAGAACAUGCCACACACAACACAUGCAGUGUAUUUUUCAUUCUAUGCCAGCACAGUACUGUUCAAUUUAUUGUUUUGAUACUCUGAAUUGUUAUGUAUUGAACCACUGGAUGCUGUACUUCUGUUUGUAAUAAAAAACUCAUGUUCGUA